AUGACUUGGACUCAUACUUUCCCUUCAUCGCCGGAUGCGGACCUCGAAGGAAUACUAAGAAAAGACUUCCACUGGGGGUUUGCAACUGCAGCUGCUCAGGUUGAAGGAGCCUGGAACAAAGAUGGCAAAGGCGAAUCCAUCUGGGACAACUUGUGUCACACGGCCGGAAAAGUCAAGGAUGGAAGCACCAACGAGGAUGCGACCCGAUCAUACGACCUCUAUAAAGAAGAUGUUGCUCUGAUGAAGAGCUAUGGGGUGAAUUCAUACCGGUUCUCCUUGGCGUGGUCAAGGAUCAUUCCUCUUGGAGGCGCGGAUGAUCCUAUUAAUGAACAGGGAGUUCAAUACUAUAACAAUCUUAUUGAUGAGUUGCUUGCGAACGGCAUAACUCCGUUCGUGACCCUAUUCCAUUGGGACACCCCCCAGGCGCUUGAAGAUCGCUAUGGCGGGAUGCUCGAUCAAGAAAAGUACACACCGGACUUCCUCCGUUACGCUCGAGUUUGUUUCGGGCGUUUUGGUGACCGUGUCAAACAUUGGAUCACAUACAAUGAGCCUGGAGUGUACACUCUAGCCGGUUACGCAGCUGGAGUCCACGCUCCAGGACGUUCAUCCUUCCGCGACAGGAAUGAAGAGGGCGAUUCAUCAACGGAACCUUUCAUCGUCGCCCAUACUGAGCUUGUCUCCCAUGCAGGAGCAGUCAAGAUUUAUAGGGAAGAAUUCAAACCCACUCAAAACGGCGUUAUCGGUAUCACGCUUCAUGGUAACUACUCAGAGCCAUGGGAUAUCAAUGAUCCAGACGACGUGGAAGCCGCGGAACGUGCGCGCCAGUUCGAGAUCGCAUGGUUUGCUGACCCGAUCUACGGUAGUGGUGACUAUCCGCAAUGCAUGCGAGAUCAGCUGGGCGACAGGUUACCGAAGUUCACCGAAGAAGAAAAAGUCCUUGUCAGAGGAAGCUCGGAGUUCUACGGCAUGAAUACCUACACAACGUUCUUCGUUAAAAACCUCAAAGGGCCCGCCGAUAUCAACGACCACAAAGGGAACGUUGAAAAGCUCGAUACAAAUAGCGAAGGCAAGUCGCGAGGUCCAGAGUCCGACACUUACUGGUUGCGCACUGCACCUGAAGGAUUCGGGAAGCUGCUCAGAUGGGUAUGGGAUCGUUAUCAUGUCCCGAUAUAUAUGACAGAGAACGGCACCACGGCGAAGGGAGAAACAGCGCCCACGGAGGAAGUGUUGAACGACACGUUUCGCAUCGACUUUUACAACGGCUACAUACGCGAGCUGGCUCAGGCUGUGCAGGACGGUGUAGACAUUCGAUCGUACUUUGGGUGGACGUUUACGGACAACUGGGAAUGGGCGGCGGGGUAUACUGAUAGAUUUGGUGUUACGUUUGUUGACUUUGAUACACCGGAGAAGAAGAGAUAUCCGAAGAGGUCGGCGUAUUUUCUACGCGAUUACUUCAAGCAUCUGAUAGCGAAUGAGUGA